GGUAGGAAGCCAGACGUAUUUAUUAUUCAACGCUCUAAGCGCUCUGCCUUUCCCCUUCGCCAAUCCUGUCGGUUCUGAUAUAUUCCGUGACGUCGCCUUCUCGCAAUAUUCUUUCAGCAUCGAAGCAUAUUCACAGCCUGGAUCUCGUCUUCCGUCCAAGGAUGGCAGCCACCGUCACGGACUUGAUCUCGAGCACGAUCACCACUCUCAAGGCCGCCGAAAAUCACUACAACGAUGUCAAAGAUGACAAGGAUCUCCGAGAGGCUUUUCACGAAGCAAGUCGAGGGCUGCUCUUGGUCAGGAAGGCUCUCCAAACCGCCAAAACUCAACUAGGCGGACGCAAUCUAGCCGGAGAUCCCAAAGGCGCCAUGGACUCACUGAAGGAGUGCAAUAGCAACGCAGAGCUGUCCAAGAGCAUAUUCAACGCCGUCGCCCAGGCACCGGAGACUUGGAGGUUCGAGCGUUACCAAGAGGCCGUGAGACAAGAGGGCAAGGGAAGGACGGUGGAGGCUUUGAUGAUGGGGAUGAUGAAUGGCGUAUGUGCUCUGGCCGAGAACGAUGCGAUCAAAACAGAAAUGGAAGACCAAGUCAAGGGAUUGCGUGAUGCGAUCGAGAAGUUGUCAAAGAUGGAGCCGUCCGUGCCCAAAGAGGGGCCCGACGGUGACACCUUUACCAACUUUGGCUCUGGCGACAUGCUCAACGCUCCUCGCGGUACCGUGAACAAGAGCACAGGCAGUGGCAACCACUUCCCUGGGGCUACUUUCUCUGGAUCUGUGACCUUUUAAUAACAAUCCGACUUGAGAAGGACUACGUUGGAAAACCCCUCGUACUACCGUAAGGUGGAAGCCUGGUUCGCAUGUCAUCCGUUGUUAGCUGGGUCUUGAUGUCUAGGUAGUGCGAGCGGGCGUUAUUGUGCGUUUGGUACCAAGGCUUGAGGACAGUCAGU